AUGAUAGACAAACCCCUCCACCACAGUAAGGUGGCGGUUCAAGGAGGGAACCACAAGUUCCACAACCACCAGGACGCCGCCGACUUCCUCCAGGGCAUCUCAAGGGGGCUCUGGCCCGUCGGGAUGACGGACGAAAACUUCUUUACUCGCCAGUUGGAACUCUCCCAGAAAGAAAAACAACUCGAGGAAGCUGAUAUCACGUACGAGGAGCGCAAACAGGAGUUGGAGAGUUUGCAGAGAAACUUCGAGGAGCUGAUGAAGAAAAUGGAGAAGAAGAGACGGCUGAGACACCAACAAUCUGUCCAGAAGGAGGACGAGGAACUGCAGGUGGCGGAGCGGGAGGCUGACCGGAAGCUGCAGGAGUCGACGGUUGCCAUGGAGACGGUGAGGGCGGAGCUGGAGCAGCUGCGUGGGCGGAGCCAGCAGCUGCAGCAGCAGGUGAAGGGAUGCAGCAGGUUCAACGACUUCCUGGAGCAGACGCUGCCCAUGACCCAGUUCCAGGAUGUGGAUGAGCUGACCGGCCGCUUGGAGAAAAUGCUGCACAUCCGAGACGAGCUGUACCAGAAGGAGAGCGGAGCGCAGGAGCAGCUGAUCCAGGCGAGGAGGAAGCUGCGGAAGAUGGAGGAGGACCACGAGCUCUUCUGCCUGCAGAUGAACCACCAGGUCUUCCAUCUGCAGGGGGAGCUGGAGGAGGCCAGCAAGGAGACUCAGAUCUGGGAGAGGCAGUGGAACCACAUCCAGGACACGGCGGCCAGGAAGAUGCUGGAGGCGGGCCAGAUCAAGCUGGCCACCCUGAACCUGUACGACCAGGUGGGGGGGGUGGUGGACAUUAACGGGCCGUACUUCCACAAGACGGAGGAGCAGCUGGAGCAGAUCAAGAUAAGCAUCCAGAAGAAAAACGCCUUUUUGAAAGAAUACAAGUCGUCCUUACAGACGCCGAUGGUCAAGAAGGUUCCGUAA